AUGGGUUGUGGUACUAGUAGCAAUCCAACAACCGUUCAGAAUCCAUCAAAAAUUCCCAGAAAUCCCUCUACUAAUCAAAAUGAUUACACAUCUACGCCAAAUACUUUAAACAACAAAUCUGUACUACCAUCGAUUGAACAGCGUGGAAAAAACAUCACAUCAGCACAGUCCAACGGAAGUGCAGAUUCGGGCUAUUCGGAAGAUCCGAAUACCAACCACGAGAAUAGCUUAAAUGGAACACAACCUGGACGAGAUGUUAAUAAUACACGAUUAACAGUGAAAAUAGACAAUAAUAAUAAAACUGGUUUAAGUAAUGUAAACGACUUUCUUGUUCAACACUCUCAGAAAUCACGAUUGGGUUUUGGUGAAACGUUUGAAAUUUCGACAAUACCAAUCGAACGAAAAAUGGGUAGCUUAGCACCUUUGAAACACGUCCCACGCUUUCUGUUAGAAAAUCAGUCAACAACAACCGAAUCAUUUACUAAAGAAGAACUUAAUGCAAAACUUGCAGAAAAACAAGAAAAAGCAUUGAAAAAACGAAAAGUAAGUUCGAUUUACACUGUAAAAGCUCAAAUUAUUAUUAUCACUUAAUCUUUGAAGGAAUUAGAGAAUGCUCGACGACAAGCUUCCUCGAGAAUGGGACACAAAAUCAAUCACUCACAAGUAACAACGCAGGAUGAGUGGGAAAAACCAAACAUAUCACUUCAAGAUGAUAGACGUCAUCGAUUAACAUUACUACGCGACAAACUUUGUCAAAAUGGAAUAUCUCAAACAUCAGGACUGCAUACACCAAGAACUCCACGAUCAAACUCUGUUAACAGUGUUAUAUCUGACGUUUCGAAUCUUACGCCUAGACGAGCAGGGUUUCUGAUGGGUUCAACCUCGGCAACUCAUUUUAAACCAGUGUAUGACUGAUUACGUAAGAUAGAGAAGUCAAUUAUUUUAGCGUCUAGGUUUUUCUCGUUUUGUUUGUACACUCAUUAUUUUUGUUAUGCACAUAUUUUUAGUUAAUCUGUUGAACUUUUUCAUGGUCGAAAUGACCAUUCACAAUGUAUAUUUAUAUAAGCAAAAACGAUUCUUAACGAUAGAGCAAGAUCCAAUCAGUUAAUGAACGGUACCGUUGGCUAUGCCAUUCCCUCAAAAAAAUUAUUUCCUAUUUCAAAAUCAAUGCCCUCACAGUUAAGGCCCCCUACCCAGAAAAAGUCAAUUUUGAUCAAAAAAUCGAUUUUGAGAUAUGCACAUGGAAAGAUAGCGUGAAGUGUCGACUUUCAGGAUCUGUAUCGCUUUUGGUUACAAAAGUACUUAGGGCAUACCAAAAGUAGUGGCAGUGGUAUUUUUAUCCCUUAUAGAAAGGUUAAAGAAACUUUCUUUUUAUAUAGUCUGAUAGAGAAAAGAAUGUUCUAUUUUUCUAU